AUGUACAGGAACCAACCAACACCGCUAUCGAAAACCACGCGUGGGGCACCGGGCGCGCCGCGUCCAGCCCGACGUGUCUCCUUCGACCCGUACGGCGAGGAACACCGCUCCGACGUUGCUACCAAAGAAGAACGUAUCGAGGAAAUCGUGAAGAAUAUGCAAGACAGGAACAGACGCAUCAGGGCCGCUGCUUCGUCGUCAUCGUCGUCAUCGUCCUCGGAGACCGUGUUCAACCACUCUGCUGACUUCCGAGAAUUACUGGAGAAGAUGCGACAGAGGAGCAGCCAGCUCGGUCAUGGACCAGGGACACUGUCGGCCUCCACUACGGUGUAUGAAUCAGGGUCGGAACGGUCAAGUUUGGAGAGCGCGACAACUGCUAUCACCGAAUUCGAUGUUGAGAUGGAUCCAGAGUUCGUUGGAGAUGUGUCGAUGUCUUCCCAACCUGACGCUGCGUCAGAUGAUAUCCCGGGCCUGAACUCUCACGUUCUCAGCCCUGUCCAAACCUCCGUCCUCCAAACCAUCAAGGCGUCCAUUUCCCCCGCUGGCUCUCCAAUGAACGUAGAGAAGCACACGCACCACGCCAUCCCUUCCACCCCCGCUCAACGACCCGCUAUGGUAUCCACCUCUCCCGCUGGCUCUCCCAUGGACCUCGGGAAACAGAGUCCCUACGCCGCCGAUUCCUCCCCCGCCCACCAGUCCCUCAUGGCAUCCACUUCUACAUCUAGCUCUCCCAUGAACCUCGAACGAGGUAGCCCGUACCCUCCCUCCCCCGGCCAAGACAACGACACCGACGACGAUAUAGAAGAUCAUAUCGCCCAAGUUGCAGCCCAGUUCGGCGACGAUCCAGAAGAAGACGGUCACGAUCGCGGUCUUGUGUUCCCGACCCCUUGGACGUCAACGUUCAACAGCCUCUCCGCUCGACCGUUCGCCAGUCCUACGAAGAGCGUCUCCGCCACACCUGUCAAGCGCGCUGGCUCCCCGUACUCCAGGAACAGGCUUGGGGGAGGACCAUCCUUCAUGCGUGGGCCUAGUGGCGUUCCAGCAUCCCCGUUCUCCCCUACUCCCAUGCCGAGGAAGAGAUCCACUGCUUCCAGGACCGCCGAAGCUGUCCCUUGGUUGAAGAAGUUGGUGAAGUUGCACCGCCAGACCGAGGCGGAGGGCAUCUCGUUGUGUUACCUGAGGGCCAACGGCGCCGGCGAGAAGUCUAUCGUGCAUUCUGACCUGUGCAGGUCCACCGGCGGAAAGGGACGUGCGAUUCUCUACGUGGCGGAGAGCAAAAAGGACCCUGUGUUGGCGUCUUGCCGGGAGGUCAUGUACGAGCCCUUCGCGCAUAUAACUCCUCGCAAGAACACGAGGGAGGGCAUCAUAGAGGCAGCCAGGGAACAGAUCUCGCUUGACAAGGCCAAGAAGUUGCUUGGAGCUGGUAUGGUGCAGCGGUCGCCAGAUGCCAAGGGUAAGUCGGUGGAUUAUAAGGACAUCUUGAGGAAAGCCGUUGCUGGUGGGAAGAAGGUGGGGAAGACGGCCAGUCCGGCGGUACAAACGUCGGGGCCAUACCAGAAGAGGGAGGUGGCGAGGAAAGGCACGCCAGAGGUGGUGGAGGACAUCACCGGGGGCAUCGGGUCCCUGAACAUGUACAUCUAG